UAUAUGUUUGAUGUAUAUACAUGAAAUGUACAUGAGGUAUAUUCUGUGUAUAUACAGGCAGCGAUCUUGUUCGAAUAUACAUUUUAUGUAUGUCCACACGAUGUCCUACGAAUAUCCCUAAAUACACGUAAAUUUAUGUAUAUUCUAUGUAUGUACAUAGUAUAUACAAUACGUUUUUUCCACAUUAUGGAUAUUCCAUGUGUAUACAUAGGAUAUUGAAUGUUUACUGGAAGGCGAGACUUUCGUUUACGCUGUCUGUCAUUAGACCGUUUCUCGCGUGACGAUGUAACUCUAUAGAUAUUACGUGUCAUAAACUCUUUAGGUUCGAAGUUUUAUCGUAUAAUUCCAUCUUAUGAUAAGCAAAAGCGAUAUCGCAGCAAUGUUAUACAAUGUUAUACAACUCUAAUUGCCAAUUUGUUUCGGAAUGCGGAGACUUGUGGUUGAAGAAGUAAAACAGAGCGCGCGCGUGAACACAGAAAAUAAAAAUCUUGCGGCAGUAAGCACAUCUAGAAAGGAGCGAACAGGACUAUAGUGAAUAGAUAUAUUCAUUGUGAAAUCGUUCUCGCUACGCAACGGGUGGUGUUUCAGUUUCUUAAAGAUGUUUCACAUUCUUUCCCACAUUUUUAACCGCUUCAUGUUGCAAGGCGAAGAGAAAUAAAGUCACUAUUACCACAACAGCACCCCUGAGACAAUAACAUAAUUGUAAAGCAGUAGCAGUCAAGUAACUCAAACUAGAUGAUAAUGACACUUCUUUCGGGAUUGUACGCGACGCGGUUUAUUUUGAGGAACAAAGAUGGGUGAACAACCGAUUGCAUAAUUGGAGAAAGCGAUUGCGAAACGGGCCGGUGCAUACAUACAGCCGAUGCUCUGACUCAAGCGCGAUGAAACACUCGCUGUACCACCCGGCCACGCUAAUCGUUAUGUCACGACUGACGAAAGGCUCGAGAAUUUCCGUAUGAUCGGUCGCCUCACGUAACGCAACUAAUCUGCUCCUUCUUAAAGAAAAGAAAAAGAUAGUCGCAUUUCUUAUGUUCGCCGUGGCCGUCACGACUUGAAGAGAAACCAGGUCAGCCGGUCUUUAUAGAUUCAAAUAGAUUGACAGGCGUUUCUUGAACGAAACCAAAAUGGGAGGAGCUGAGUGGGUAGCCGAUGAGUAUGAUUACGAGUGCACCCUCUCAAAGGAGACUCAGAAAGUGGCCAAGGAUGAACUGAGAGAAGACAAGAACACCAGAGAUCAAGCUCUCGAGCAGAUGCGCAAUUGGAUUAAAAUGAAUCCGCGCAUUGAAAGUUGCCGUCUCGAUGCACGAUUCUUACUAAAAUUCUUGCGAUGCAAAAAGUUUAAUGUACCGAUGGCGCAAGAAGCCACGGAAAGAUACUUGUUACUCCGUCAAGUGUAUCACCCAGCAUUUAGUAAUCUGGACAUCUCAGAGCCUAGCGUGGAACGCUUACUGUCAUUGGGAUAUCUCUUUGCUGCACCUGGCCGUGAUACAAAAGGCCGUCGCGUAAUAAUUGCUAGACCAGGUGUAUUUGAUCCUCACAAAUAUACGAACGUGGACAUGUGUAAAAUUCAUGCUUUGACUUACGAAACGCUAAUGGAGGAUGAGGAAAAUCAAGUACGUGGCUUCGUACACUUUGCCGACGGUGCCGGUGUCAGUUUUCCUCAUUUGACGCUAUUUACUCCGAAGGAAGCUGUGCGCAUUGUAAAAAACGGCGAGCGCACCGUACCAAUGAGACAUAAGGAAGUCCACGGGAUCAAUGUUCAUCCCUCCUUGAAAUUUGCUUUGGAUUUCGGGAUGUCAUUGAUUUCCGAGAAAAUUAAGAGUCGCAUAAAAAUCUACACGAGCCUCGAAGACGCUAUUAACAACAAGAUGGACGUUAGCAUGCUGCCUAAAGAGUACGGCGGCACUAUUCCCAUGAAGGAAAUGAUCGAUCUAUGGCGAAAAGAACUGUUGGAAAUUAAACCCACAUUAUUGAAUAACGAUAAAAUGAAAGUGCGUCUCGAGUUAUACUCGGAGAAGGCACGAGAAGGUGCGGUCUCCGCAUUGAAGCAGGGUUUCGGCUGUUCCAGCGUGGGGUCCAACGAUUCUACAAUGUAUGGCAUAACCGGAUCCUUUCGGAAGCUCGAAGUUGAUUGAUGUUUUGCUUGCUUUCUGCCAAGCGUGAUUUCUAUGUAGAAAUAAAUGGCACGGGAUUGCGACGCAAUCUGGUUUGGAAACUAUAUGAUUAUAGAUUAAUACUGGUGUUCAGAGGAUGUAAUUUUAUUUUUGUAUCAUGUAGAUAAUGUAUUAAUUGAUAUGAGUUGUUUGAAAAUGCACUAUACGUAUAUAUCAAAUAUUGUACAUAAUUUUUCUAACACGUCACAAUUAAAUGCAUCAAAAACAAAA